CGUGACCGGCACCAAGGUGACGUAUGGUGACGCACGCACGCUGUGACCACGUGGGUCUGACGCGGAGUCUCGGGGUGACGCAGUGCCGUUUGAAGUGGAGUCCCCUCAGUUCGGGUCGUGGUCGUGGUUGUGGUCCCGGUCCCGGUCUCGGUGUAACGAUGCCCAGAGGAAGCCGCAGUCGGGUGAGCCGCCCACCACCACCUCGUGCAGCUCCCCCUGCUCAUCCUCCACCAGCAGCUGUUGCCCCUACCCCAAUGCAGCCACGGCAGCCAGGUCUGAUGGCACAGAUGGCAAGCACAGCUGCGGGAGUGGCGGUGGGCUCGGCAGUUGGCCAUGUGAUGGGUAGUGCUCUGACUGGUGCCUUCAGUGGAGGCAGUGGCUCUGAACCUGCUAAGGCUGAUGUUACCUAUCAGGAGCCUCCACUGGCUGCCCCUCCGACCCAGUCACAAACCCAGCAGAACAUGCCAUGCCAGUUUGAACUGAAGCAAUUCCUGGAGUGUGCCCAGAACCAGCAUGACCUGUCUCUCUGCGAUGGAUUCAAUGAGGUGUUGAAGCAAUGCAAAUCAUCAUAUGGUUUGUCUUGAAGACCUGCUGGUUGGAAGCCUGGAGUUUGAAGAGGAAAGGCAGGAAUAUGAUGAUCCUGUUGAAGUCUUCUGAUGAAUUCAUUGAGUUCAGUUAUGUACAGUUGCUGGAUGUGAAUAAAAUAUUCUUGUAAUUGGA